AUGCAGGGACAAAGUUCGUAAGAUUGGAAGACAAAAAAAGUAGAUAGUUUUGUAGUUGUGAAUAUGAAAUUGGGAAAGGGACAAUUCGGAACAGUAUAUCGUGGUCAUUAUAAGGAUGAUCAAACUAAGCAAGUAGCAAUCAAGACUAUCCCCAUGCAUAAUAGUGAACAAUUGCAGUAACAUAUCAAAAGAGAGAUUGCUAUUCUCACAAAAAUAGAUCAUCCCAAUAUUGUGAAAUUGAUCCAUGUUACAAAGACCUCCUCCAAUUUGUAUAUGAUCUUAGAAUUCUGCAAGGAUGGAGACUUGGCCGAAUAUCUAAACAAGAAGUAAGAUAAGCGAUUAUCCGAAUUGGAGGCCGUCAUCUUCUUUAAACAUGUCAUUAAAGGAUUCCAGAUCCUGCACCAAGAGAAAGUAAUCCAUCGAGACAUCAAACCUUCAAACAUCCUUUUGAAUGAUGGGGUAGCCAAAAUUGCUGAUUUUGGAUUCGCAAGAAUUAUUGAAUCUGAAAUUGAUAAAAUGAACCUCAGUCGAGUUGGCUCUCCCAUAUACAUGGCUCCUUAAAUUUUGGAAGGAACCUAUUUCACUUCCAAAUGUGAUAUAUGGUCUAUAGGAGUUAUGUUUUAUGAAUUGCUUUAUGGAGUAACUCCUUGGAUCGCCAAUGGACAAUGCGAAUUAUUAGAAAAAAUUACAACUUAACCUCUUUAAUUUCCAGAGAUUCCUGUUAGAAGUUAGAAAGUCAAGAAUCUAUUAAAAUGUAUGUUGACUGUGAAUGAGGCUGAUCGCAUCAACUGGGAAGACCUGUUUACGAAUGAGAUCAUUGUCAUCGAUGAAAAACAAAUUCAUUACAAUAUGCAAUAGAUGGAAAAAGAAAAGGAUCGAUUAAUGAGAUCGAUAAGUCUCAAUAAAAUUUAUAUCAAUCAAAACUUGAUUCUUGGAUACAUGAAGGAUGUAAACAAAAUUGAAGAAGAGCAAUUUGAUGCUAAGUAAGGCAUUCAAUAAGCGACCUAUACUGACAUCUUCUAACAAUAUAAUGCCGAGUCUGAAGAGGCAAAAACCAUCCAAAAAUUAAACACCAUUUGCAAAUACGAAAGAAACUUGGCAUUCUUUUACAGUUUCCUCAUCCAAGGCUUGUUUUCUAUGUUGUAACAAAAGGUUAUGCCCAUAUCCAUAGAGUUAUGCUUCCAGCUUAUUUUUUGUAUCUCCAAAAAUCAACUUAUUAAAAUGGAGGAACUCUAUAGAGAAAUAAGCAAGUCUCGAAAUCCAGAGUAUGAAAUCUAUAUGAGAUCUUAAGAAUUUAAAUAGAUGUGCAAACAUCUCUCUAUGGAUAUUGAUCAAGCCAUGAAAUUUUUUGUUGAAAUUUUAAGGAAAUGUUUGAGCCUUCAAAAUCAAGCCAAAUAAAUUGUCCUCAACGAACAAACUAAAGAAUUCUAUUAAUAAUAUUUAAGCAUCUUAGAUAACAAUUUGAACUUGACUGAUCAAUUUUAAUAAGUUUAUUAUGGAACAGUAAAAUUGGUCUUGGACAAGCUGACUUCUGAAACAGUAGAAUUAAUGAAGCUAAAGUUCUAUUUAAACAUUUGUUUGAAUCCCAAGAUGAUUUUUACAGAUUACAAUUAUGACUUUAGUAAGUUUUAUGAGGAAAUUCAAUAUGCCACAGUUGAUGAUUGGAAAAAAGCCCUUAAAAAGUUCAAUUGA